CCAAACGUAUGGCCGGGUGUAAGCAUCUGCGUGCUUGCAGCAAGCGCUGAUCAAGUAUUUUGUUACAAAGAUUUCGAUGUGUUUGGGGCCAUCCACAAGUUGAUUUACCCUGGUUCCGCUCUGGUUAGGCUGGGCCACCUCCCCUGGCCGCCCUGUGUUAGGCGGUGUAACAUCCCGGAAAGAGGGUCUGCAAAUAUGAAACCGAGGAAAAAGGAGAAGACGUUCGGCUUUGACGACGAGCAGCCAGAUGGCUUUGUCUCGGACGCCGAGGAGGUGGACACGCGCCGCCUGGUGGCCGAGCAGAACAAGAAGAAGAGGAAGUCUGGCGGCUUUCAGUCCAUGGGCUUCAGCAAUUCUGUCUACAAGGGCAUUGUCAAGCGGGGCUACAAGAUCCCAACACCUAUUCAGAGGAAGUGUAUUCCUGUGAUCCUGGAGGGCAAGGACGUGGUGGCCAUGGCUCGCACGGGCAGCGGCAAGACGGCCUGUUUCCUGCUGCCGAUGCUGGAGAAGCUGCAGGUGGCGUCAGCCAUGUCUGGCGCGCGGGCUCUGGUCCUCUCCCCCACCAGGGAGCUGGCGCUGCAGACGCUGCGCUUCACCAAGGAGCUGGGCCGCUUCUCCAACCUGCGGGCGGCCGCCGUGCUGGGAGGCGACUCGAUGGAGGGUCAGUUCUCGGCGCUGCACGAGAAGCCCGACAUCAUCAUCGCCACGCCGGGCAGGUUCGUGCACGUGUGUGUGGAGAUGGAGCUGCGGCUGGAUGCGGUCGAGUACGUGGUGUUCGAUGAGGCGGACCGGCUGUUCGAGAUGGGCUUCGCCGAGCAGCUGCGCGAGAUCCUGGCUCGGCUGCCUGAUGCCCGACAGACUCUGCUCUUCUCGGCCACGCUGCCCGGCAUGCUGGUGGAGUUUGCUCGCGCCGGCCUCACCGACCCCGUCCUGGUCAGAUUGGACGUGGAGACGAAGCUCUCCGAGCAGCUGAGCCUGGCGUACCUGCGCUGUCGCGACGACGAGCGCAGCCUGCUGCUGCUGCACCUGCUGGAGAACGUGGUGCCCGCCGGCCAGCAGACGGUGGUGUUCGCCGCCACCAAGCACCACGUCGAGUACAUCCGGCUGCUGCUGGAGCGGGCCGGCCUCAGCUGCACGUUCCUGUACUCUGACCUGGACCCGGCCGCGCGCAAAAUCAACACGGACAAGUUCCGUCACAAGAGGGUCAAUGUGCUGGUGGUGACUGAUGUGGCGGCGCGUGGUAUCGACAUCCCCCACCUGGACAACGUCAUCAACUACAACUUUCCGGCCAAACCCAAGCUGUUCGUGCACAGAGUCGGUCGUGUUGCCCGCGCUGGUCGGCCAGGGACGGCUUACUCGAUCCUCAUCCACAACGAGCUGCCCUAUCUGCUCGACCUGUACCUGUUCUUGGGCUCCAAACUGACGUUCACACCCAGCACCAACCUAGACAAGGAGGUCAACUGGCACGGCUACCUGGGCUCCAUACCGCAGGAGCUAGUGGACGUGGACUCGGAGCGGAUUCAGCUGUGGCAUGACACCUCCAACGACCUGCGGGCGGCGCUGAAGAGCAGCCAGAACGCGUUCAAGCAGUACCUGCGCUCGCGGCCGGCGGCGAGCGCGGCCAGCGUGCGCCGCAUGAGGAGGAGGCGGCCCGGCCAGCUGGGCGUGCAUCCGGUGCUGCGGCCGGCCGGCGCCACGGCCGGCGCCGACGAGCGCGCCCGGCUCAUAGACGCCGUGCGCGGCUACAAGGCGUCCCGGACCAUAUUCGAAGUGGGCGUUACUUCUCACCAAAACAGCGCCAAGGUGAUGAAGGCCAAGCGGAACAGGGAUGAGCACGUCAUUGAACGUGCCGUCGCCAAGCGCAAGGCGGCUGAGCUCGAGGACGGCGACGAGCAGCAGGAGGCGCCGGAGCCGGAGCCGGAGCGCGUGCCGCUGGCCGCCUCCUCGGAGCAGGCCAUCAGCGACACGUUCCAGCGCGUGGUGCGCGAUCGGCAGAAGUACGACCGGCGGCGCGAGCAGCGCGCCAAGCGGCCGCGCCCGGCGGCGGCGGCGCGCGACGAGCAGAACUACAUCCCGUACCAGGCCAAGGAUCACCACACCGAGGCCGGGUACUCGGUGACGAGCGCGUUUGAGCGCGAGGCGAGCACUGCCCUUCUGGACCUCGCCAUGGAUGACGACACGCGCCACCGCCGCCAGGCUAAUGCCAAACACUGGGAUCCCAAGAAGAAGAAAUAUGUCGGCAAUUCAAACGACGGCAAGAACAAGAAGAUCCGGACCGAGUCGGGCGUCUGGAUCCCGGCCACGUUCCAGAAGGCCGGCAAGUACGACGAGUGGAAGAAGAAGACGCAGCUGGACGCGCAGGACUCCGACUCCGACGAGGGUCACCAGCGGAAGGGCGGUCGCGGCCUCAAAGUGAUCCGGCACCGUAAGAACCAGUCGCGACCGGCGCUGGGCGGCGGGCCGGCACACGCCAAGCGGCCCGAGAUGCGCUCCUCCGACCAGAUCCUCAAGCAGCGCGAUCUUACGGAGAGAAGGCGAAAUAGAAGUACCGUCGGCGUCGGCAAGGGGCGCGGAGGCAAGUCGCGUGGCGGCAAGGCCGGCGGAGAGAUGGACGAUAUUCACGCAAGCCGAGUCGAGGUCGUCCAGACCUGA